AUGCCAACGGUGUUGCUGCGCCUUUCAGGAGUCUUUGGAGACCACGGAAGGGCGCCGGCGGCUGUUGCUGAACUGCCUUGCGACGCUGGUGCGGAGACCGUGGAAGAACCAGCACCAGCAGUGGCUGAGGGUUGGAUGUUGGAGGCCAUUUGCCUGGGCGGCUCCGCUGAUUUGUGCAAGGUGGUGGUGAUCCUGCUCAGAGGACCCUUGCUGGCCAUCCUUGGUCCAGUGGGCAAGGUCUUCGAGUGGAUCCUAAAGCCCUUGCUCUUUGUGGACGAGGUGAUUCCUCCGCAAGUGCUGGAGGUGGUGCUUGUUGUGACCCUUGGAGGUACGUUGACCUACUUGUGCUACAAAAAACCUGACGUAGCUUGCCCUGUGGUGCUGCUGGUCCUCCUGGUGGGUGGGUAUUGGUUUCUUUCUGCGACCAUUUGGUACCGCCCCAUCGACGCGGCUGAAGACUUUGCAAUUGGCAACGUGACGCUCAUCACAUGA